CUCCGCUCGGCCCGAGCCGAGCCAUGGCCGAGGCGGUGCCGGCCUCCCCUGCGGGUGGCCGCGGCCUGCACCGGGGCAUCAUCCAGUGGCUGGUCGACAAUUUCUGCGUCUGUGAAGGAUUCAGUGUGCCUCGAUGUCUCAUGUAUGAGAUUUAUGUGGAGACCUGUGGGCAAAGUGCUCAGAACCAGGUUAACCCAGCAACAUUUGGAAAGCUCGUGCGCUUGGUUUUUCCUGACCUGGGCACCCGGAGGCUGGGCACGCGAGGAAGUGCCAGGUACCAUUAUGAUGGAAUCUAUAUCAAGAAAAGUUCUUUCUUCUACUCCCAUUACUGCUACCUCCUGGGUAAAAAAAGCUGUCACAGUGGUGAUGCCGCCUUUGGAAAAGCUACUGAUUAUAACAAUAUUAUCCAACAGGAAGAAACAUGUGAAAACCACUCCCCAAUUAAGGCGGGCCUGAUGGGAUCGCCCGUGUCUCCAUUCAGAAGAUGUCCGUUUUGGGAGCAGGAGCUGGCAAACAAGUACUCCUGUAAGCUGGUGGUCUUCCUUGCUGACGAGUACUGCAACUAUUGCCGAGACAUUUUACAGAAUGUGAGGAACCAAGAGCUGGAGAAGGUGGAGGACUUAAUAACAUCCUUCUGGAAGUCUCUGCAGCAAGACACGGUCAUGCUUAUGUCGCUGCCUGACGUGCGCCAGCUCUUUGGAUGCUAUGACAUGCAGCUGUUUAAGGGUUUGGAAGAUACUCUCCUCCCAGACUUCCUGGAGGAUGUUAGUAUCCAGUACCUGAAAUCUGUCCGGCUGUUCAGUAAGAGAUUCAAACUGUGGCUCCUCAGUGCUCUGGAAGGCUUCCCAGCCAUCUUACAGAUCUCCAAACUCAAAGAAGUCACUGGAUUUGUCAAAAGACUCAGGAGAAAGACUUACCUUUCCAACAUGGCGAAGACAAUGAAGAUGGUCUUGAAGAACAACCGGCGAGUAGGCCUCCUGAAGUCGGAUCUGCGUGCCAUCAUCAGCGAGGGCACUUUGGACAUUUCGAAGAAGGUCCUGGCAGGCGACUCGGGCCAUGAAGAGGAUCUGGAGAGCCACACGGAGAUGAAAUGCUUGGGCUGUCUGAUAUCUUUGCUGGAAACCUCGACAGAUCUUGCUGACCUCCUCAACUGUGUGUCUUCAAACCUCCAAGUGCUCGUCUUCCAGCCCAGCAAAAGCAGAGAGGAGUUUGUCAAGUUGGCUGCCAGCUUCCAGCUAAGAUGGAAUUUCCUUCUCACUGCCGUGAGCAAAGCCAUGACCUUGAGCCACAGAGACAGUUUCGGCGCCUGGCAUCUGUUCCACUUACUGCUUCUGGAGUACGUGAUCCACGUCCUGGAGUCACGCGUAGAGGAGGAAGAGGAAGAGGAGGACCUGGGGAGCCUCCAGAACUUGCUGUCAGACGACCAGUUUCUCGCCCAGCCAGACCAGGCCCUUUUCCACCCUCUGGAUACGCUGCCAGCAUCGGAAUGUGGGAGCCGGAGUGUGGAGUCACCUCAGGUGACUCUGAAACACAUGAGCCAGAGCUGCAGUCCCGUGGGAGUGAGCGGCAUGGUUCUCCAGGUGCUGGGCUUCCUGGUGGACACCGCCACAGGCAAUAAGCUCAUCCAGGUAUUGCUAGAAGACAAGGCCACCGAAAGCACCGUUAAACUCAGUCUUCCCGUGGGACAAGAGGCCCUCAUAACCCUAAGCAAUGGACAAAGAUUCGUGAUUCACAUAUCGGACGUGCCCCAAAGCUCGGAAAAUUCUUACUGCAGAAAGAUCAACGCAAAUGCGCAAGGUGGUUUGUUGGAAUAGGGCUCGAGGAAGCAGGCUUGGGUUCUUAAAAUAUGUAUUCAAUCCUAAAGCUUUUAUAUUGACCUGAGAGAUUUUGUGUAUAUAAUAGAUGAAGCACUUUAUGUUUGUACGUAUUUUGAAGAAUUGGUUUUGACCAAACUAUAAACUAAUUUGGAGAAUAA